AUGGAGCUUAGCAACUUCAUUCGCAGAGUUCGCACGUCGCGAACGUCUACCCAGAUGCGCGAAGUUAUAGAGGUAGAGCUAGCAAAUGUCAGGGCGGAGCUAAAGAAGCCAAGGACAGAUGAACUCGCUCAGUUGGUCGCCAAGAUGACGUGUGCGUACUUAUGGGGUUUUAACGUUUCCUGGGGAUAUGUACACAUGUGCACACUAUGUAGCGUCGCCAAGAUGCAUGCGGAAAAGCGCAUAGCUUAUCUGGCAUUGACACUCAGCUAUGCAGAAGCCACCCAGCUCUUCAGCCUGACAACCAACGCCCUGGCCAAAGAUCUUGUGGAGGACAACGUGAGCACGCACUACAAGGUGUCGCUUGCUCUGACUACUAUAUGCACCAUAUGCUCCAAGGAGGCAGCGCCCGUCUUUAGCACUCGUGUCUAUGAGCUCAUUUCCGGCGGGUCUAGUAUUUACCUACGUAAGAAAGCAAUCAUGGCCGCCUGCGCCAUCCUACAGGCCUGUCCAGAUCUCUCACCACGAUUCGUAGAUGUCUGUUCUGCAUCCCUCUCUGACAAGGCCCACUCCGUGGUAUUGGCCGGUUGUGAGUUGGGCAUAAUUAUUCUGAGCGCAAAUGAGGAACUAAUUCAUAAGCUAGCGCACAAAAUCUACCAUCUUCUGAAGGUUCUCAACAAGCUCUGUGCGGUGACGACUUUUCCAGACCACAAUGUUGGUGGGUUUUGUGAUCCUCUUCUCCAGCAGGCAAUCCUGCGCUUCCUGGGGCGCGCCAUUAGAGCUGCAUUCAGCUACAAUUGUACAAUCUUCCUUGACACGCUACCGUCCUUAAGGAGAUACUUUUUAUCCGUGUUCAGUAGCAUACUAGAGAAGUGCUCAUCAACCACAGUAAGCCGCAACAUCGGCCUGAGCAUCUGCGCCCAAGUCUUUACGCUUUUCUCUGAAAUCCCAGAUUCAUUUUUCUUCGAGAAAACGGCUCACUUAUCCGAAACAAUACCCGAGGAGGAGGCAUUGCCAAACCUAGUCAUGAGCUUCAUGCGACUGUUAUUGGAAGCGGUGACUGACUACUCAGAUCUCAUAUCCUGUACAGCUCUAGAGUCAUUGAAAAACUUUGUCCUACACAAAAAGCAAACGGCUGGGCUAGACUCAGAUACGAAGUUUAAAAAGUUCUCCCAACUGCUCAAGCGACAGAAUCCGGCCGUACGUAAGCGGGCGCUGGACUUACUUCUGCUGCUUGUCCACAAGAAGGAUAUUAGAGGUUAUAUUGCUGAUCUUUUUAAGUACAUUGAGAAGGACCCGGUUAUCAAGAUCAAUAGGAUUGAUUUUGCUAACUCUAUAAGAGACAUUGUCCUUCUUUCCGUUCUUUCUCCGUGCGAUGGAUUUGACUACCUGCUUAGACUAAUUCUUCUCAUUACAGAGGGGUGUAACAAUGCUCUGGCACAGGCUAUUAUUGCUACAAUCUCGCGAUCAGAUGCCACAGUAGCAGACAAGAAACACUUCAUCGAUGCAUUUGCAGCACACAAGGAAGCGAUGCUCGAGAGUGUUCAUAACGGGAAAAUUACUGCUCUAGUGGAUACUUAUUUAUUAUCAAUCUCGUACAUUCUACAAUUAGAAAAUGUUGGUACAAAUACUGCUAGCCAAAAUAGCAUCCUGUCUGACAUCGACUUUGACUUUAGUUUCAAGCUAUGUCAGUACAUCUUCUGUAUGCCAGACACUGAUGAAGCAACUACCCUCAAGCUGACAGCUGCGCGAUCACUGGCAUUCUUGGCAGAACUAAGUGAGUCAGCGAGGAAGCAAGUGAUGGAGUACUAUGAUUCUAUUAAGCGAACAGUCUCUCCACUCAUUCUAAUGACAAUCUUACAAUUAAAGCACAUCCUCCUACACCCAUCUCUCCGCUAUACAUUGGCUUCAGUGCCAAACUUAACCCUCACUCCACCCAACAUCAAGAGCACAAAACGCUACACCAAUCCUUCUCUGUUCAUGCACAUACCACACAGUGUCCAACCAUCCAAGUCUUCUGUUGAACAAAACCCCAAUACAGACAUCACACUGAGCGCGCUAGGAGCAGAACCGACCCUUGAGCGCAUAGUGACACUUGAUCAUGCAGGACAAGCAGCGCAGCGGAGCUCCCAAAGGGAAGAUUCAGCUUCUAUUUCACCCGUCUUUGUUAAUGAUGAUCUAAAAGUAUACAUAAUGAAGAUUGUUAAGGGUUCAGAUGAAGCAGUAGAGUCUAGGUCCUCUAGGCUCAGUACUAAUGAUGAUGUACACAGUCCGGACACAGGGCCUGUGAAGUUGCAGCUCUCGUUGUAUGCAGUGUCCAAUCUAUUGACAGCACGCAUCCAGUACUCCGUACCAAAGACGUGUAAGGUUUGCAUGGAAGACCCCAGUGGAGAUGUUACCGGACCAUUGAAGCCACCCAUUACUCAGUUGCUAGAAAUCGUUUCUGGCACGGAGAAAGAAGGAAGCAAGUCCCACUCUACCUCACAGCUUAGUGAGAGCGACACUGCUGAGCUCACGACACCCAUUCCUAUUCGUCCACACAACAGGGGCGAGUCACACUUGGAGGCACUCAAUCCUAUGAGCCCGAGGGGAAAAGCAAACGGCAUCAAUCUGUGGGUCCGUGUCAAGUAUAUAAUACCUCACUCUAUAAAGCAGGCCGUUGAGUUCAAGGUGUGUGUUUAA